CACGCUCACUGUGGACGAAUAGUCACCGGUUUGGCAGAAGAGACGAAGAAGAAAGUUAGUUAAAACACACGGAUUCUCUGUGUGCUGACGGGACUGGCUGGAGAGUUUACAGAGGAGGAGAAGAAGAAAAAGAAGGAGGAGAAUCCGGACGGAGAAGAUUUGCGCACAAGUUUUGAACGGACCAGACGCGCCUUUACGCACAGACACAGGUGGAUGCUGGGAAGCAGACCAACUCCUAGGAGAUGUUACCUCUGGCCCAGUUUGGGGUGCUGUCAGCCCUGGCCACUGCGCUCACCUCGGUCCUGUCCGCGCUCUUGCUGCUGGGGCUGACCCGGCAGCUGUGGAGCCUCCGCUGGAGCCUGACCCGGGACAAGAAGAGCAGCCUGCCGCUGCCGAAGGGCUCCAUGGGCUGGCCGCUGGUCGGGGAGACUUUCCACUGGCUGUUCCAGGGCUCCAACUUCCACAUCUCGCGCAGAGAGCGUCAUGGCAACGUGUUUAAGACCCACCUGCUUGGGAAACCCCUCAUCCGGGUGACAGGCGCAGAAAACAUCCGCAAGAUCCUGCUGGGCGAGCACAGCCUGGUGUGCACCCAGUGGCCCCAGAGCACCCGCAUCAUCCUGGGACCCAACACGCUGGUCAACUCCAUCGGAGACCUGCACAAGAGGAAGAGAAAGAUCCUGGCUAAAGUGUUCAGCCGUGGGGCUCUGGAGUCCUACCUGCCUCGGCUUCAAGAGGUCGUCAAGGCCGAAAUCGCCAAGUGGUGCUUGGAGCCGGGCACCAUCGACGUCUACGGUGCUGCCAAGUCCCUGACGUUCCGUAUCGCCGUCAGGGUCCUGCUGGGUCUGCAGAUGGAGGAGGAGCGGAUAGUUUACCUUGCACAAAUCUUCGAGCAGCUGAUGAACAACCUCUUCUCGCUCCCCAUCGACGCUCCGCUCAGUGGGCUACGCAAGGGGAUGAAAGCUAGAGAAAUCUUGCACGCCAACAUGGAGAAAAUCAUUGAGGAAAAGACGGAGCGGCAGCAGGCAGAGGAGGAAUAUCACGACGCCUUCGACUACAUACUGUCCAGCUCCAAGGAACAUGGCCAUCAGCUCAGCAUCCAGGAGCUCAAGGAAACCGCAGUAGAGUUGAUCUUCGCUGCUCACUCCACCACAGCCAGCGCCUCUACUUCUCUAAUUCUGCAGCUUCUUCGCCAUCCAGCGGUGGUGGAGAGGGCCAGAGUCGAGCUGGAGGCCGAGGGCCUCGGCUACGAGUCCCACAUCCCACCUGGUGUCACCACGGAGAAAGAGGAAGAUGCUGCAGACACAGAGACAACCUGUCUGCUGAACGGAGGCUGUCAGAAUCACAGAGAUGGUUUUCCACCGUCCCAGUCUCAUGUGCCGUAUCUGACCCUGGACAAGCUGAGCCAGCUCCGCUAUGUCGACUGUGUUGUCAAAGAGGUGCUCCGCUUCCUGCCUCCAGUCUCCGGUGGUUACCGGACAGCCCUGCAGACGUUUGAAUUAGAUGGUUACCAGAUCCCCAAAGGCUGGAGCGUAAUGUACAGUAUCCGGGACACCCAUGAGACUGCAGCAGUCUUCCAGAGCCCGGAGCUGUUUGACCCGGACCGGUUCGGCCCAGACCGGGAGGAGAGUCGGUCGGCCCGGUUCAACUAUGUGCCGUUUGGCGGUGGCGUGCGGAGCUGCGUAGGGAAAGAACUGGCAAAGAUCAUCCUAAAGACUCUGGCUGUAGAGCUGAUCGGGACUUGCAAAUGGACUCUGGCCACAGAGAACUUUCCCAAGAUGCAGACAGUGCCAAUAGUGCACCCGGUGAACGGGCUGCAUGUGCAUUUCAAUUACAACUAGAUUCAAAUAUAGUCUGACAGACUUUCCAAAAAACUCACCCAAGAGGCAAUUUAACCUUCAACCUGCUUCUGGAAAAACUCUCCAAGCCCAAGAACGGAGGCAACAAGCACCUCGCCUGGCAUGAUGGUGCACUUCAGGCCCCCUUUUGCUUACAUGGACAUAAAGAAGGGGUUCACAUCGCUGGUUUGGAACACGUCAUCAUGUCUUCAGUGGUUUGGUCCAAACCUAACAAAAACACUUUCUGUGGAAGCUAAAGUACAUUUUUAACCACCUAAUAGUUUCCAUAGUUUCCCAGCUUUUACUAUACUUCACAUGCAUCUUUAAGUUAUAAAAGUAAGUCUGUGUAGUCUUUUUCUUGCUUAGUUUCAAACAGAAGGUCUGCCCUGCUGAAGUGCCCGCUGAAUGGACUGCAAGCACACUUCAGUUACAAGUUUCUAUUCCGAGCUAAAACACACACACAGUGGUUUGACCUGCACACAGUAAGUGACCUUCAACAUAUCUACUGUAGAUAAAUGGAGACAAAGACUUUCCAUGAAGACAUUUUAGCUCCAGUUUCUUGUCACAUUUACACAAAGCUGUGAACAGAUGAUAAAAUCCACUCAGCUUUUGUCUUUUGCACCUUUUUGUAGCUUUCACUUGACCGUGUAUCAGUUCGGAUAUAGCCAAGGGCUAUGUAUGUUCGCUGUGCUGAAUCAGCAAGUCAUGAGUAUUUCACUUCACUUACAUUCACAGACCUUUUACCUUUUUGAAAACUCACAAACUUGCAGCUGGAAGAAUUCUUCCUCACGUGCAAAGACUGCACAGAACAUGAUCUACAGACUUUCAAACCAAUUCUGUGUUCUUUUUUGCCUCAACCCUUCAGUUGUUUCCAUUUACAUCUCAUCACCCGGGCUUGCCUUUCUGAACUUCCUGAGAGCAGGGCACUGAAUGCCUCACAGCUCCAUGCAAAUGUUGUGGCGACUGGACUCCAGUUAUCUUAGUCGAGAUGUUUUGCAUUGAUCUCCACCACUAAAACACUUUUACUGAUGGAACUUGCACUUGACUUUGAACCAUAAAUCCCACAACCAGGUCAAAACACAUUCAAACUGUUCUGUUUUUUGAACAUGAAUGUGAUAUAUAUCUUUACCAGUGCUAUUAUGUGUGUAUCAAAUGAAGUAGCAUUAUGAAUAAGCUGUAUUUAAAAUGCAGAUGUAUCAUUUCUGUUGUACUUUUACAAGAUGUGCUGUAAUUAUGAAUAGAUAGAGACACUAACCUGUAAUGUAAAGGACUGUCCAUACAACUUUGUUUCACUGCUAGAACAUAGACAUCUUUCAUUGUUUCGAGCAGCAUAUAUAGAGUAAAGUUAUUAUUAUUAUUGUUUUAAUUUUAGGAGUGUUUCUGUCUUGGUCUUGAAGCCUAAUAGACCCGCUGUGAAAUCUUACGUACGGAUGGAUUUGUGGAAGGAGAUAGCACUUUCUCCGCUUUAAGGAGUCUGUAUAUAUUUGUCCUGUUUAUGCAUUCGUUGAGUGUAUCAGAUGUAGCUGCUGUACAGUUGAU